AGACAAGAAACAAAACCGAACUCAACAAAAAUAAUAUUUUUGGUAGAAUUGGUCAAAAUCUAUCGAUUAUAUUACUUUCAAUAGAAUUAGGAUGUUUUUCAGGAGGAAUAUCACAGGAAACAGCAUUUUCACAAUAUCGAAAGUCCAAUUCAAUAAUCAAUUUUGCACCACUAAUUCAAUCUUUAAAAUCCAUCUUCACAGAUAGUACAACAUUAUUAUUCGGUAUACCAGCCAUGGCUUAUUUCAUCAAUAACAAUCUUGUCUUUUUGAUUUUAAAUUUAAUGAAUCCACCAACUUUUACCGUUCUUAGUAAUCUGAAAAUCCUUACUACAGGAUUAUUUUCUUAUAUAUUUUUAAAUAGAAUUUUAAGUACAACGCAAUGGAUAUCAUUAGUGUUAUUAUUUAUUGGUACAACAAUAGCACAAAUUCAAUUUUCUUCUGAAGGAUCAUUUGAAUUCACUUCGCCAUUUGGAUUCCUUUUAAUAUUAAUAUUCUCAUCAAUAUCAGCUGGAGCUUCAGUAUAUACUGAAUAUGUAAUGAAAGAUAAAUUUGGCAACGAAUCAAUCAAUUUACAAAAUAUCAAAUUAUAUUUAUUUGGUGUACUGUUAAAUGGACUUGUUUAUUUCACUUUAUCAUAUCGAUCAGACGAUGGUUUCUUUCUUACUUUGUAUCCGAUUCACUAUGCUAUAAUCAUAUCUGUUUGUUCUCUUGGUUUGAUUACGAGUGCUAUAAUUAAAUAUAGCGGAAGUAUAACUAAAGUUUAUGCGAGUAGUUUAGCAAUGUUUUUUAGUGGAUUUGUAUGUUAUUAUAUAUUAGAAUUUUCUCCCAAUAUUAACUUUUUCUUGGGUGCUUUGAUUUGCUGUUUAUCUGUUCAUAUGUAUAGUACUGGUGGAUUAGAUCAAUAUAAUGUUAUUAGAUCUAAAGAGCAGGAAAGUAGUUUAAUAAAUGAGGAUUUAGAAGAAAAUAUUGGACUCGAGAAAAAAAUAUUUUAUUAACUAAAGAAAAGGUGAUUUUUUUUUCGAGACGAUAACAGAACUUUUAUUUUUAUUAAUUCUUAUCAGUUUGUAUGGAAAAAAAUUACGGUUGGCACCAAUUAUAAAAUUGGUUAUUUCUCUUUAAUUAUUUAAUUAGAUCUAUUUUUAGAUAACAAAAAAUUUUUUUUUAUUUCUAAUUUAGAAUGCGAUAGAACUAUAUAUAUUAUCGGUAUAAAAAAACAGUAAAUAAGACAGUAUAUAAAAUGCCCACUUUAACAUGCAUAAUCUUAACUUCUAUAAAUAAAUAAAUGAAUAAG